AUGAAGUUCUCCGCCAUUACCCUCAGCUAUGCGCUGUUCGCUAGCUAUGUCAGUGCUGCCCCCCGAGGCCACAGCACUCUGGAAGAGCGUAUUGCUCGCAGAGCCGCAGCACGCUCAUCCAGGCCCAAUCAACGCAUCGAAACAUCUGACAGGAGCAACGAUACCAAUGUCUCAUAUUCCACCAACUGGUCGGGAGCUGUCAUCACGUCGCCCCCAUCUGGACAGACCUUCAACGCCGUCUCUGCCAGCUUCGUCGUGCCCACGCCCAAGGCCCCCUCUGGAGGAUCCUCUCGUGGAACUUACAGUGCUUCCGCUUGGGUCGGAAUUGACGGAGACACGUACCAAAACUCGAUUCUGCAGACGGGUGUUGACUUCACCAUUGAGAAUGGUGUAGUGUCAUAUGAUGCCUGGUAUGAGUGGUUCCCCGAUUAUGCCUACGACUUCUCCAUCCAAAUCAACGAGGGUGAUACCAUCAAGGCUAGUGUCAGUUCAACCACUAGCACUUCUGGUGUUGCUGUUAUUGAGAAUGUCACCACCGGCAAGACCGUGACCAAGUCUCUCACCUCUUCCGCUGCUCUUGGAGGACAGAACGCAGAAUGGAUCGUGGAAGACUACGAGGAGGGCUCGUCUUUGGUGAGCCUUGCCAACUGGGGCAGCGUUGUUUUCACUGGUGCUACAGCUUCGACCAAGAGCUCCACGCUUGAUGCCUCUACUGCUUCCAUCAUUGAUAUCCAGCAGAGUGGCAAGACACUUACCAGCGUUACUGUCAGCGGCUCAACUGUCACUGACAAGUAUGUCUAA